GUUUCCAGUGGAAAGAAUUAAUUGAUGUUAAAAUGUUCCUGGCUGACUUCUGCAGGGGAAUUUUUCAGAUUUUUCCGACGAUUUUUAGGAGUAACUUUGUUAAUAUAUAUGUAUAUAUAUAUAUACUUGUAUAUUUAUGGGAGGAAUUUAAUCGAUACGAGGGCAGGAGUUUUUAGUUGAAUUUUUCCAACACCUUAAUUUCAAACACGUGAUCGGACAUGCGGAUGACCGGAAGUCGUGCUACGGAGUUUGUAGCAUGCUUGAUUCAAAUGUCAUGUUAAACGUGUUUCGGUGAAGUCGGAAGAUAUUGUUGGGAAAUCCGUGUAUAAACGAAUUUAGCAAUCAUGAGAUUCGCAUAUAAGUUUUCUAAUUUGUUAGGCACAGUCUAUCAUAAAGGAGAUUUAUUAUUCUCUCCAGAUGGAUCAACUGUUAUUAGUCCCGUGGGAAACAGGAUAACUAUAUAUGAUUUAAAGAAUAACAAGUCUAAUACGUUACCUGUUGAAAGCAGAUAUAAUUAUACUUGUAUCGAUUUAUCACCUAAUGGAUCUAUGUUACUUGCAGUUAAUCAACAGGGUAAUCUACAUGUCAUUAGCAUGGUAAGCAAAAUGGUAAUACAUACAUAUAAAUUUAAACGUCGUGUUAGACGCAUAAAGUUCUCCCCAGAUGGUAAACAUUUUGCAGUAUGUAAAGAAAAUAAUGUAUUUAUUUUUAAUGCUCCUGGCUUACAAACCGGGACAUAUAAUCCAUUUAUCAUGGAACGGGUGUUUCAUGGUGCUAUUGGUGACACAACUUGUCUUAGUUGGUCGUAUGAUUCAAGAAUGCUUGCUGUCGGUGCUAGAGACAAUGCUACAAAAGUAUAUAGCUUAGAGAAAUUUGCGAAUUUUAAAUGUAUUAACCUUGGUAGCCAUUCUGAUGUUAUUGUAGCAUGUUUCUUUGAGAAAAAUAGUUAUGAUUUAACCACAAUCAGUAGAAAUGGUCAACUGUCUAUUUGGGAAUGUUCAAUUUCCGCGGAUGAGUUAGUACCAUGGGAGCCUCGGGUUAAAAGAGCCAAGCCUCAAACAGAUAGUGAUGUAGAGGAUGAUUUUGAUUUUGAGAAAGCUAUUGAGAAAACUGAGAAACAGAUUAAAGCUCUUGAGCGGAAGUUACAACGUCCAGAAGAUUCUCCGGAAAGCGAUGAGGACCUUGAUUUCGAAAUUAAGCCAAAAAUGAAAAAGUUCCGUUAUAAACAAUUAUGCCGUCAUUACUUAGCUAACGUCGUACAAAAGAAGCAAGAUGAAAGAGUAUCGCUAACUGCGGCUGCAUACCACAAGGAGACGAAUAUCCUAGUAGUCGGGUUUAACAACGGUUCAUUUUAUUUAUAUGAAAUGCCUGACGUUAAUAUGAUUCAUUCUCUCAGUAUAUCAGAUCAGUAUGUUUCAUCGAUUGCAAUCAAUUCGACUGGAGACUGGAUAGCUCUAGGGUGUUCCUCGGCUGGACAAUUAUUAGUAUGGGAGUGGCAAAGUGAAACAUAUGCGAUGAAACAGCAGGGCCACAGUAACAAUAUGAAUUGUCUGGCGUACAGUCCAGAUGGCCAGUACAUUGUUACUGGAGGCGACGACGGGAAAGUGAAAUUGUGGAAUACAGUGAACGGAUUUUGUUCUGUCACGUUUCGCGAGCACACCUCGGCGGUGACAGGUGUUUUGUUCAGCCAUAACAGGAAAUUUAUCGUUUCCGCCUCGUACGAUGGAACGGCCAGAGCAUAUGACUUGGCAAGGUACAGGAAUUUUCGAACUCUUACUUCACCGCGACCGGUCCAAUUCUCCUGCAUUACUUUAGAUUCAAGCGACGAGUUUCUUGCAGCAGGAGGUCAAGAUUUCUUUGAGAUUUAUUUGUGGAGCAUUAAACUAGGCACUCUCUUAGAGGUGAUGAGCGGACACGAAGGCCCAGUAGUUAGUAUAGCAUUUAAUCCAAGUGCUACUAGCACAGAAAUGGUAUCCGUAUCUUGGGAUAAAACAUUGAAGGUAUGGAAUGCAAUUGAAAACGGUUCCGAACACGAAACAAUAAAGCUAACGUCGGAUGGUCUGUAUGUUGCUUACAAACCGAACGGCGAGGAAGUGGCAGUUGCUACUCUGGAUGGGCAGAUUUCGUUUUUCAAUUGCAAAACAGCGACGCAAACAGGUAGCAUCGAAGGAAGGAAUGAUCUAGGCAGUGGCAGAUCCAGGACUGAUAUGAUUACUGCGAAAAAGAGUUUACAGGGGAAAGCUUUCAAUAACUUAUGUUACUCGGCCGAUGGAUCGUGCAUACUAGCUGGUGGGCAGUCUAAACAUAUAUGUAUCUAUAAUGUUAAAGAAUGUUUGCUCGUUAAGAAAUUCGUUGUAACUCAGAACAGAUCCUUGGAUGGAGUUGAUGAUAUUAUAAGUAGGCGACAUAUAUCAGAGUUUGGUAACAGAGCGUUAGUCGAAUACCGCGGACCGAACGAAGGUGGGAAUGUAAUGCUGAGAUUACCCGGGGUCAAGAAAGGCGACAUGGCGAGCAGAAACCUGAGGCCGGAAGUGAGAGUGUACGGUUUACAAUUCUCUCCAACAGGACAAGCUUGGGCUGCAGCUACGACAGAGGGUCUACUGAUAUAUGCGUUGGACGUUGGCAUGGUAUUUGAUCCGUUCGAAUUGGAACUAGGGAUCACACCGGAAACCGUAAAAAUUACUUUGAAUGAAAAGGCAUACGCAAAAGCACUGAUGAUGGCUUUGAAACUGAAUGAGAAGCUGCUGAUAAAGUGUGUCUUAGAAACCAUUCCCAUCGAGAAUAUUGAGUUAAUAGUCGCAUCUUUGCCCGACAUUUAUGUGGAAAGAGUACUGAAGUUCAUCGCGUCGGAAUUAGAAUUGACGAGGCAUAUACAUUUUUAUCUCAUUUGGGUCGAGACUAUAUUGACAAUCCACGGUCAUAAAAUAAAUUCAGCGCUUCAAAUGCCGAUAUUACUGAUGCUACAGAAAAACAUGCAGAGGAAAUACGAUGAGCUCAGUAAAAUAUGCGAUUACAAUCAGUAUACAAUGAGUUAUUUGCAAAAGGUGGGUGAACGUAAAGCUAAAGCGUCUGUUAAGUCGGAGAAGAUGGAAGAAGAUGAGGAAUCGGAACGGUCGUCAGUCGAGGAGAUGGAGGUCGACUGAAAUCGAACACGUAUGAUCUCAUUGAUGAUUAUUAGUCGAAUGAAAGCUUCGCACAUUUGUACAUAGUAUACAUAAGAUAAGAUUUAAUUUUAUACAUAUUUUAUUUAGGUAAUUAAAUGUAUACUUAAAAAAGAACUCACAAGCAUUUUGUCGCUCACAAUUCUUCGAUCCAACUAUAUUACAUUUGUACCAUUAAUUAGACUCCUCCCGUCCAUUGCGGUUAUCCGAGAGUUCACGUAGCUUUCUUAAGCAACAGAAUUGGCCAGUACAAAACCAUGAACAGCAAGAACAGUAUAGGGAAACCUAUUCUACUGUAAGUGUCGAUUAUUUGCGACCGCGUCUUGCGCGCCCGUAAAAUCUGAUACUCAGAGUCCAGCCACGCAGUUUGCAGAAGGUGUUUGCUGCCAGCCCUCUUCUUCUUGGUUUUGGAUAUGUAAGGCGUGUCGUAGUCCCAAAUGCUUUGAUUUUUAUCCAUACUGAAUAGGCGCUAAGAAGAAAUAGUACAGAAUCAUCAAGACAUCGUUGAAUCUAUUGUACAAAGAACAUGAAAUAUAUUCUUAUAAUGAAGAUUUAUAAUGAAGAAGUCUCAGAGAAUGUUUAUAAUAUACUAUUAGUAGCCCGCUAUUAACUAUUAUACAAACUGUUGGAUAAUGCCGGGACAUUACUGAUGUCUGUAGGUCGUAUUUCAGCUGAUACUGCAAGUCCAGCACCUUGACCACCACGAAUUCACCCAAUGCGGCGAACACGAACAUCAUACAGCCAGCCAUCCAAACAUCCAACGCCUGAAAAUCCAGAUAUCAACAUGCCUACUUCCACAUUCUUCAAUCUUUUCAAUUACAGUAACAUUUAUGAAUUUAUAAAAUCUUCAAAAUCAAAGUUAACGUUGAACACUCUUAACGUUCACAAAUCUACAAGCGUCAAGUGGCAACCUUACUGGACACCACCCAGCUCCCACGACCCAAUCAGAAUCCAACGAGGUUGAUCAAAGGAGACUCACUUUCACGUAGGCGACCGGAGGAAUGUCGCUCUUGAGACCAGUGAACAUGGUGACCAGAGUGAGCAUGCUAGUCACUAGCAAAGCCACCCUGCCCGGGAUGGCAUCCAAGCCCAGCCAGAAGCUGAACCAAGAGAGCAUCACAACCAGCGUCGAUGGUGCGAACGUUUGUAUCAGAUGAUGCCCGAUCUGCCUCUCGAACCGGAAGUAAACCACCAAC